GUUGCUAAAACUCCAUCGGAAACUUUGCUGAGAUAGAAUGUCCGAAGAAGUACAGGCAGCUCCCCCGCCUCAGUCACCGGCACCGGUACCUCAUCCGCCUCAAACUCAAUUACCUCCGCCGGAAUCGGCACCGUUACCAACUCCGCGUCCCGAAUCUCCGCAACUGCAAUCUGAUCCCUCACCCGCUGUCCUCGAGUUCAACCCUAGUCGAAUGAUCGGUAUCAUCAGACGAAAGUCAUUGAUUAAAGACUUGGCUGCUGCUUAUCAUGCUGAAUGCCUGGAUUACUGCCACGAACUUCUUGAGCUUCAGCGAAGAUGGGAAGAGAGUUAUAAAGAAAUCAAGAGUUUCGAAGAUUCGAGAAAGGAUAUUGUAAGACCAUCCAAGCGUGUGAAGAAAGUUCGUUGAAUUCAAGCUGAGCGUAAGAAUACUAAUUUAUCUAGUCCUUUAUUUUCAAUAUGCUAGUUCUAAUGUUUAUCUUUAUCUAGUCCUUUAUUUUCAAUAUGCUAGUUCUAAUGUGUACGUGCAGAUUGCUUAAAAAUAUUAUGGACAUCUGUAUAGGAAAGAAAUGCGGCCAUUUGCUUAUCAGCAAGUUAAGACAUGGGAAAGAAUGCAACAUCUCUUCCAUCUGUAGUUUGAUUUGAUUUACCAUUUUGGUAACAAUAUGAUGAUUCAAAUUUGAAAGUGAGGAAUAUUGUACAUUUUUAUUGUACGUGUAAUUCAUAGCUUCUGCAUCAA